AUGCCGGUGUCUAGGGAUGAAACGAUGGGCCAGUGGGUCCGUCGCGACCGACGGGCUGAUGGCGUCCCUGACGCCGAACGCCCAUCGGGUGCUCUUGCUGAUGGACGGACCGGAGCGGCAGCUCACGGUCCUCCUGAUGUUCGUCUUCCGGUAGCAUCUGACCUCGUGUCGGAUGUCGGAAGAUCCCCAUUGACGGACGGUGCUCGUGCAUCCAGCCUAGGGGCUAAGUCGGGGGUGGGACGUCAUGAUGAUGUCCCUACCGAUACGCAACCGCCGCGUGAGGCAUCGCGUGGGGCGGGAAUGUUGAGGGUUCAGGCGCCUGGCGUACUCAAGGAUGAGUCGCGGGACCUGACGCCCUUCGUUAUUGGAGGAUUCGGCGGGCCGUCGAGUGACGGCACCGAAUCUUGGUCAAAGGUACCAAGGAGGCGCCGUAGCGCGUCUCCUGUCCUAUCUAAACGUACAAUCGUCAGGAAUGACAAUAGUUUUGCGUCAUUGUCAAGCCUUCGGGAUACAUCUCUGGUAACCAAGGAUGAUGACGAUAUUGAAUACAAUUCACCGGAGGUACCGGAAGUGCCGAGUACGCCUAAGAAGGCUAAAGGCAAAGGACGAGCUUCAUUGUCCGGCCCGUUCGACAGUGACUCUGAGUUGGAAGCCGUGCCCGAGACGCCUACCCCUGUUGAUAAGAGUAAAAGGGAGGCGCGUAAGGUAUCUGCUUCACUCGAUAGUACGCAGGGACUAGUGAGGGAUGACGUACCUGAGUUCCUUAGCUACAUGGGGCUUGAGGAAGCCGAGAUCGACGUCGGCGCUCAGCGCGCGGCGCUCGACUCAUUGAAAACCAGGCUGGAUGACCGGGGAUUGAAGGGGUUACCUGCCCGGAGCGAGUCGUCUAUGCCGUCGUCGAAUGAACCCCUUGAGGACAUCAUGGCCCGAGCCCGUGACUCGGCGACGUUAUAUAAGGAAACCUGCGAGCGAGAAGUUCGUGAGGCCUGGAAGGAACGUGAUACCGCCAGUCAGGCUCGCCUUGAAGCUGAGCGGUCUUGGAGGGAGUCUGAGGACGCAAGACUGAAGGCUGAGCGCCGCCUCGACGAUGUACUGGGCCGGCUCGAUCGCCUAACGAGCGUUGUCGAGUCCCAGGCCUCCGAAAUCGUUGCCCUGCGCCAAGAGCGAUCGUGGGAUCAGCAUGAUGCGAGGGACGAUUCCCGACGAGCUGAAGCUGGAUCGGAUCCUCGUGUUGGGUUCCGGGACGGGGACACCAUGCACGAGGACGGAGGGCGUUCUGGUAUACACGGAAUGAGUACUUCCAGACCUGUCGUCUCGUCGGUCAGCGCUAUAAUAACAGCAGGGCGUAAGGUUCGCACUUCGGUGGCCCCCCCGUCCCAAUUUAUUUCACCGAAUAGCUCGUUAGGCCAGACGCUUGAGCGAAAGUUGAAGCAGCUAAACGAUGCAAUGAGGAUGCUAGAACGGGCUGGAGCCUCCGUGGUGAAACCGAACAUCAAACCCGAGGCGCCGAAGGCGUAUGACGGGAGGGAUGACCUUGACGCGUUCCAGCGAUAUGUCGAACAAUCUGUCGAGUAUUUGAUAGACGGGUUGAUCAUCAGGGAGAGACAUGUGUCUAAGUUAGGACACUUCCUAGAGAAAGACGCACAGCAGUUCUUCAAACGUGUCGUGAAGCGGCCCGAAGAAUGGGAUGUGCGCGAGUUUUUCAACGAACUGUUUAAUUAUUGUUUUCCGGACGGGUUCAUGAAUGCCAUCCGGAAUCGUUGGCACACCUGGCGACAGCUGGGAUCCACCGUGAAGGUAUAUGCGGCGACCAUGGAGGGAUUCCGAGACGACCUGGGCGAUGAAGUAUCGGAUCGUCAGUUCAUCCAUCGGUUUUGGCAAGGAUUGAAUGACGACAUCAGCCGUCAACUAUACCUGGAUCGUUUACACCCCGACAUUAACUCAUAUGACGAAGUGCUGGAGGGCGCUUUGGUCGCCGAGCGAGCCAUCAACAAUAGCCUGCACGUCGAUGGAUCGACGACAGCUAGGAGUUCUCGUAACGGUCGUGGCGGAGGCGCAUCCGGCGGCAACCAAGGUCGUCAAGAAAGGGGCAAGGCUACUCGAGGCGGAUACGCUGCCCGGACGGGAACGUCUGGUGCUCCGGCUAAUGGGUCUGCCAAUGAGUCCACGAAGCGGAGGGAUGGCGCGCAGAAGCGGGACUCACCGCUAUCGCGCGAACAGAUAAAGGAGCACUUGGAAAACAAUCUAUGUUUCAAGUGCCAUAAAGCCGGGCAUAUGAGCCGUAAUUGCCCAGCUGGGCAACAGGUCAAAAGUGAUUCCAAGGGUCACGCACCUGGAUCUAAGACGAGUUACGCCGUUCACUUUACUGAGUCGGAAUUGGACGACGAACACGGUGGCCUCGAAGAGGAUGAAGAGCCCGAAGUGUUAGAAGAGCUGCAUUGUGGCUCUGUUCACUGGAGGCUGGAUAGCGAUAUAGACGUACCACAAUUAGACGAGGGAAACACCACCGUUGUUUGA